UAUUGUAAGGAAUGCUGUUUGUUUUGUUUUGAUUGCUUCGCAAAACAUCAAUGCAAAGUUUGAACUCUUCAUAAUUUUGAUAAUCAGCGUAGAUUGUACCUACCUUCAAUAAUGUCCGAAAUAAAGAAAGAAAUCUCAUCGGAAACGAUUUGCCGGCUAUGUCUUCAAGAACGGGACCACUAUCGAUCCAUUUUCCCCAGCGAGAACAUCGCUCUGGACGAUUGGAUCGAGAGUCUUACCACGAUAAAGAUACUGUACGUAUCUAACGCACCGGCAGCGCUAUGCCUUGAGUGUGAGACAAUUCUGAAAAACUACGAGUCAUUUCGAGAGAUGUGCUUCAUCAACGAUCGUUCAUUCCGGGAAAUGUUUCCCCAAACGACGGAACAACCUUCAAUCGAUGAUGAUGAGGAUUUCAAAGAUGGUCGGGAGGUCUAUACCUUUGAAUACAUGGUGAAGGAGGAAAGUGAUCUUCAAAGUGACACCAUUCCUGAAAUCGAGAACAUGUCAGCAGUAGUAAAUGAGAACAAUAUGUCCGAACUUUCGACAGUCGAAGAUUGGACAGAUUCAACUGCCACAUCAAUGGAUCAUUUCCCCUACCAGUGCCACAUCUGUUUGCGUAGAUUCCGUGUUGAGCGUAAUCUGAAGAGGCAUGGUCGAGUCCAUAUGCCGAAAAUGGCAAAAGUUCAGUGCGAAUACUGUGAAAAAUUGUUAACAAAUGAUACAGCACUACGGAUACACAUGCGGAGUCAUACACGAGAGGAGGAACCGUACGGAUGCCAGGAGUGUGGGCAGUCGUUUAGCACUUCGGGUCUGUUGACGCGGCACGUCAGAAUACAUAACAAGAAUCGGAUGAUUGAUUCUGUAGACGCACAGUUGAUAAAAUAAACGAUUAUGAAUAAAUUUUGUUAUGCCGUGUUAUAUGUGUUAUAUGUACUCUGCAUAUUUCAAAAACCUUUAA